AUGGACAACACCACAGUCAGAGAUUUCCAAUCACCCAGCGGAACAGACAGAGUGACUUUUCAGGAACAAGAGCCAGUUGGACGAAAUUCUAUGGCCGUUCCUCGUAGUCCGGAGAUUCUUCCUGGUCGUCAGCAGCGAUUUGGAAGCGUCGCAUCGGGGACGUCGUUUGCUUCGAACGAGACUACGCGCCAGAGACGAUUAUCUAGAUCCAAUACGGUCAAAACUUACCAUGAACCUACUCGACCUAACUGGCAACCUGGUGCCGAACCUGGAAUCGAUACUGAUGCUGAGAGAGUAAGCCCGCACCUGGAAGCUCUACGUGCGCGAUGCGAUAUUCUUGUCGCGGAUUUUGGCGCCGAGCAUCUCGAAACGGUACAGGUUGAGAAUGAAUCGCUCGAAGAGAUUUUGUCUGAGGAGCGACCGCCUCACUUGCCUUGCCGCUGGAUCUCGGUCAACGGCUUGAGUUGGGAUGUCAUCAAGAUUCUCGGACAGCAUUAUGGAUUGCACAGACUGGCUAUCGAAGAUUUGAUCCACACACGCACUCGCACAAAGUGUGAUUGGUACUCUGACCAUGCGUUUGUGGUGUUGACGUUGCAGAAGCUCGUUCGCAUACACUCGCAUCAUGACUCCGAGGACUGUGAUUGCUCUGACGAUGACAAGCCAAUUUCAUAUGACGACAUUGACGGAACAAAUGACCACUACCCAGAACGUGAACGUGUGCCUUUCUGGAAGAGGCCUUUCAAGAAGUCGAAGAGGGCCCAGUCUGCACAUACCUUACCCAAAUAUCGCGAUCCUGAGGGACUGGACAAGAUGGGAGAUAUGAUUCGGGCACACAGUUCAACAGCAGAUGGGGCACCAUUACAAAACAUCAGAACACUCCACCGUUACGAGAGUAUGCAGAACCCCGAGCACACUUUGUUCAUGGAAAAACACUCUGCCCUCUUCGAAGAGAAUCUCGUCGUCAGUGUAGAGCAAGUCGCGAUAUUCUUGCUUUCUGACAAUACCGUCAUCUCGUUCUUCGAACACUCUGGCGCUGACAUCGAGGAGCCUAUCCUGGAGCGACUGAACAGUCCAGCCACAAUGUUGCGUCGUAGCGCAGAUGCAUCGCUGGUACUACAGGCCGUCAUCGAUGCCAUUGUCGACUUGGCCAUUCCUGUCAAAGAAGCCUACAACAAAGCUAGAAAAGACUUGCAGAUUGAUGUCCUGACUAACCCGUCAAUGAGUACCUCCAAAGCUCUCCAUAUCUUCACCGAAGAGAUCGACAUGCUGCAAAAUUUGUUCAAACCCAUCAUCAAUCUUGUCAAUUCGCUUCGAGACCACAAGUCUACGGAGCCUUACCCUCCNGAAGCAUUGUGGGAUCCAGAGCUAAUAACGCCACGGAANAAGAAGAACGAGCAUCGGAGACCACAGCCCAAGAGACUUUACACCCAGUCGCCUACAAGUGUGGUUGUGAGUGCUUUGGCUCAUGUUUACUUGGGCGAUGUGCUUGAUCAUUGCAUCACCAUCAUUCAAUCGCUUGAACAGAUGGAUGCAUCAGCUAAUAACUUGUCAUCUCUUAUGUUCAACACCAUUGGUGCCCGCACCAACACCAAUAUGUCGAUUAUCGCCCUCGUCACCGUCUUCUUCGCACCCUUGACCUUCCUCUGCGGUUACUUUGGCAUGAACUUCCAACACUUCGAAGGCAUCAAACAUUCAGAUGCGUACUUUUGGUAUAUUGCUAUCCCAACCACUAUUGUGUUCAUUAUGAUGAUCGGAGGUGGUGUUGGGUACAGGACUGUCAAGACCUGGGCAGCGAGGUUCCGUCUUGCAAAGGCGAGGAGAGGUAGGAAACAGAGGCAAGCAACUCUUAGUGCUAGGCAAAGGCAGAGGCAGAGGGCUGCGAUGAUGUAG